AUCAGCUUUGCUGGGUCGCUGCCUCCUGUUCCGCAGAAGCUACGCCAUGUCGCCCAUGAUCAUCAGCCUGGUGUGUCUUGAGUUCUUCUUGGUCCAGAGGAUCUGGGCACAAGUGGGUGGUCAGGACAAGCCCUCUCUAUCUGCCUGGCCAAGCCCUGUGGUUCCUCAAGGACAGCAUGUGAAUCUUCAGUGUCACUCUCUUCUUGGGUUUGACACAUUCAGACUGGACAAGGAUGAUGGAGCCCACAUCCCUGAGCUCCAGGGCAAAACAUUCCGGAACAACUUCCUCAUGGGCCCUGUGACCCCAGAAUAUGCAGGAAUCUACAGAUGUCAUGGUUCUUACAGGCACUCCCCCUCUGUGUGGUCAACACCCAGUGACCCCCUGGUGAUUGUGGUCACAGGAGUCUACAGAAAACCUUCCCUCUUGGCCCAGCCGAGUCCCCUGGUGCAAUCAGGACAAAAUGUGACCCUGAAGUGUUGCUCAGAAAUCGUGUUUGACAGCUUCAUUCUUCACAGAGAGGGGGUAAUGGAGAGCCCCUUACACCUUGUUGGGCAGUUCCAUGAUGGGGGCUCCCAAGCCACCUUCUUCUUGGGUCCUGUGACGAUAGCCCAUGCGGGGACCUACAGAUGCUUUGGUUCUAUCAAUUACUCCUCCUAUGAGUGGUCGACACCCAGUGACCCACUGAACAUCAAGAUCACAGGCCUCUACAAGAAACCUUCUCUCUUAGCCCAGCUGAGCCCCAUGGUGAGGUUAGGAGAGAAUGUGACCUUGUUCUGCAGCUCUGAGAGCUCAUUUGAUGUGUACCAUUUAUCCAGGGAUGAGGAGGCCCAUGAAUUCUGGCUUGCUGGAGGGCAGAGCCAUAAUGGUGCAUUCCAGGCCAUCUUCCCUCUGGGCCCUGUGACCCUAGCCCACAACGGGACCUAUAGAUGCUACGGCUCUUUCAAUAACUCUCCCUCUGUGUGGUCAGACCCAAGUGACCUGCUGUACCUUUCUGUCAUAGGAAACUCUUCAAGUAGUUGGCUUCUACCCACUGAACAAAGCUCCAAUACUGGUAACUCCAAACAUCUGCCUGUUCUGAUUGGGUCUUUGGUGGCCAUCAUCUUCCUUGCUAUCCUUCUUUUCUUCCUCAUUCAUCACUGGUGCCCUGCUAAAAAGAAUGCUGCUAUAAUGGACAGAGAGCCUGAGGUGGACAAAAUGGUGAAUAGGGAGGACCGUGAAACAGAAGACCCACAGGAGGUGACAUACGCACAGUUGGAUCAUUGGAUUUUCACACAGAAAAAAAGUCACCCCCACUUCCCAGAGGCCCAAGAAAUCCUUAACUGAUACCAGUGUGUACAUGGAAUUUGCAACACAUUAAGGCCAGAUCAAGGAUUGAAUCCUAUCCCCUGAGCACACAUAGAAAGACCUUGAGGAGGUCAUCUAUUGAUGCCAUAGCUUUUUCUCAAACCCAGCUUGACAGCUCAAUUGUAAUAAAGCUGGAAUCUUGA